GCUCGUCCCCAGUGAGCGCUCUGAGAAUUACCCGGCUGAGACGUGUGACCUCUGCUAUGGAAAGAGGAUGGAGGAUGAAGCUGUCCUGGACAGAGGGGCUUCCUUCCUCAAGCACGUGUGUGAUGAAGAAGAAGUAGAAGGCCACCACACCAUCUACAUUGGAGUGCACGUGCCCAAGAGCUACCGGAGAAGGAGACGGCACAAGAGAAGGACAGGGCACAAGGAGAAGAAGGAGAAGGAGCGGAUCUCUGAGAACUACUCUGACAAGUCAGAUGUGGAAAAUGCGGAUGAAUCCAGCAGUAGCAUCCUAAAACCACUCAUCUCCCCUGCGGCAGAGCGCAUCCGCUUCAUCUUGGGAGAGGAGGAUGACAGCCCAGCACCGCCCCAGCUCUUCACCGAGCUGGAUGAGCUUCUGGCCGUGGAUGGGCAGGAGAUGGAGUGGAAGGAGACAGCAAGGUGGAUUAAGUUUGAAGAGAAAGUGGAACAAGGCGGGGAGAGAUGGAGCAAACCCCACGUGGCCACACUGUCCCUGCACAGCUUAUUUGAGCUGAGGACGUGCAUGGAGAAGGGAUCAAUCAUGCUCGACCGCGAGGCCUCCUCCCUCCCACAGUUAGUGGAAAUGAUUGUUGACCAUCAGAUCGAGACUGGCUUAUUAAAAGCUGACCUCAAGGACAAGGUGACCUACACUUUGCUCCGGAAGCACCGGCACCAGACCAAGAAGUCCAACCUCCGUUCCCUGGCUGACAUCGGAAAGACGGUCUCCAGUGCAAGUAGGAUGUUCACCAACCCCGACAAUGGUAGCCCAGCCAUGACCCAUAGGAACCUGACUUCCUCCAGUCUCAACGACAUUUCUGAUAAGCCAGAGAAGGACCAGUUGAAGAAUAAGUUCAUGAAAAAGCUACCACGUGACGCAGAAGCUUCUAACGUUCUCGUUGGGGAAGUCGACUUCCUGGAUGCCCCUUUCAUCGCCUUUGUUCGGCUGCAGCAGGCUGUCAUGCUGGGGGCCCUGACUGAGGUCCCUGUGCCGACCAGGUUUUUGUUCAUUCUCUUGGGUCCUAAGGGAAAAGCCAAGUCCUACCAUGAGAUUGGCAGAGCCAUCGCGACCUUGAUGUCUGACGAGGUUUUCCAUGACAUUGCUUAUAAAGCAAAAGACCGGCAUGACCUGAUUGCUGGGAUUGAUGAGUUCCUAGAUGAGGUCAUUGUCCUUCCACCAGGGGAAUGGGACCCAGCCAUCAGGAUAGAGCCUCCUAAGAGUCUUCCAUCGUCUGACAAGAGAAAGAACAUGUACUCAGGCGGGGACAGUGUUCAGAUGAAUGGGGACAUGCCCCACGACGGCGGCCACGGAGGAGGAGGCCACGGAGACUGUGAGGAGCUGCAGCGGACUGGACGGUUCUGUGGUGGAUUAAUUAAGGACAUAAAGAGGAAAGCACCGUUUUUUGCCAGUGAUUUUUAUGAUGCUUUAAAUAUUCAAGCUCUUUCAGCGAUUCUCUUCAUCUAUCUGGCAACUGUAACUAACGCCAUCACGUUUGGAGGGCUGCUCGGGGAUGCCACUGACAACAUGCAGGGCGUGUUGGAGAGCUUCCUGGGCACUGCUGUCUCUGGAGCUGUCUUUUGCCUUUUUGCUGGUCAACCACUCACUAUUUUGAGCAGCACAGGACCUGUCUUAGUUUUUGAGCGGCUUCUAUUUAAUUUCAGCAAGGACCAUAACUUUGACUACUUGGAGUUUCGCCUUUGGAUCGGCCUGUGGUCAGCCUUCCAGUGUCUCGUUUUGGUGGCCACGGAUGCCAGCUUCUUGGUUCAGUAUUUCACUCGUUUCACAGAAGAGGGCUUCUCUUCUCUGAUCAGUUUCAUCUUUAUUUAUGAUGCUUUCAAGAAGAUGAUCAAGCUAGCAGAUUACUAUCCCAUCAACUCCGACUUCAAGGUGGGCUACAACACCCGCUUCUCCUGUGCGUGUGUGCCGCCCGAGCCAGUUAAUAUCUCACUACUUAAUGAUGCCACACUGGCUCCAGAGGAUUUUCCAACUGUUUCUUCUACUGACCUGUACCAUAAUGCAACCUUUGACUGGGCAUACUUAUCAAAGAAGGAGUGUUUGAAAUAUGGAGGGAAGCUCGUGGGGAACAACUGUGAUUUCGUUCCUGACAUCACGCUUAUGUCUUGCAUCCUCUUCUUGGGCACCUACGCCUCCUCCAUGGCUCUGAAAAAAUUCAAAACUAGUCGUUACUUUCCAACCACAGCAAGAAAACUGAUCAGUGAUUUUGCCAUUAUCUUGUCCAUUCUCAUAUUUUGUGUAAUAGAUGCCUUGGUAGGUGUGGACACUCCAAAACUAAUCGUGCCAAGCGAGUUCAAGCCAACAAGUCCAAAUCGAGGCUGGUUUAUCCCCCCAUUUGGAGGAAACCCUUGGUGGGUGUACCUGGCUGCUGCUAUCCCUGCGUUGCUGGUCACCAUCCUGAUUUUCAUGGACCAGCAAAUCACUGCUGUAAUUGUAAACAGGAAAGAACAUAAGCUCAAGAAAGGAGCUGGAUAUCACCUGGACCUCUUUUGGGUAGCCAUCCUCAUGGUGGUGUGCUCCUUCAUGGGCCUUCCGUGGUACGUGGCCGCUACUGUCAUCUCCAUUGCCCACAUCGACAGUUUGAAGAUGGAGACAGAGACUUCUGCACCUGGAGAGCAGCCCAAGUUUCUAGGAGUGAGGGAACAAAGAGUUACUGGAACCCUUGUGUUUAUUCUGACUGGCCUGUCGGUCUUUAUGGCUCCCAUCUUGAAGUUUAUUCCUAUGCCUGUACUAUAUGGUGUGUUCCUGUACAUGGGGGUAGCUUCACUUAAUGGGGUACAGUUCAUGGAUCGUCUGAAGCUGCUUCUGAUGCCCCUGAAGCACCAGCCUGACUUCAUCUACCUGCGCCACGUACCCCUGCGCAGAGUCCACCUGUUCACUUUCCUGCAGGUGCUGUGUCUGGCCCUGCUCUGGAUCCUUAAGUCCACAGUGGCUGCUAUCAUCUUUCCAGUUAUGAUCUUAGCACUUGUAGCUGUCAGAAAAGGUAUGGAUUACCUCUUCUCCCAGCACGACCUCAGCUUCCUCGAUGAUGUCAUUCCAGAAAAGGACAAGAAGAAGAAGGAGGAUGAGAAGAAAAAGAAAAAGAAGAAGGGAAGUUUGGACAGCGACAAUGAUGAUGAGAAAGAUCAUCAACAUUCCUUGAACGCCACACAUCAUGCUGAUAAAACUCCUUUCCUUCAGUCGCUUGGCUUGCCAAGUCCUCCUAGAACUCCAGUAAAAGUUGUGCCUCAAAUUAGAAUAGAAGUUGAGCCUGAAGACAAUGAUGAUUUCUGGAGGAGCAAGGGAACAGAAACUACACUAUAACCUGUUUGUCUUUCUUACAAAUGACGGUUUUGUUGUUCAUGUUCUUGUUUUUUCUCUUUUUUGUCUGGCCAUUUAUUUUUUAAUUUUUGUUCUGUUUCAGUUUUUGAUCACUGGCUAAAUAACAUAGCGCUCUCUCUGUUUCUCUCUUGUAUAGGUAAAAUCAAGACAGUAGUGCACUGCUCCUUAGAAAAGCAUCCGCAGAAUCCCCCUUUGUUCUUGCGCUCUAAGAUGUGUCUUUUGACAACCCAGUUCCCCUGUCACUCAAGACACGCACAGAUCCUUGUCCUUUUAUUAAGCAGAGGUCAAAAGUAUUAAAGAUUUUAUAAAACUUUUUACUAAAAUUCUGAAGGAACUUAACACAUUAGCUUCAGAGCUGUGCUUGCUGGCUUGUUUUUGUCUGGUAGAACAAACGCUGACCUCCAGCCAGAGUCCCUUCUCCCCCUUAUAGAGCUGCCCAGGACUGGAAAAAGUGCUGCUAUUCUAACUUGCUCUUGCUUAUAAGCCCUAAUCAUAGAGUUAUCAAAAGAAAAAAAACUCAAGGUACUUUAUUCCCUGUAGACAAACCAUCGCCACCAUUGUAGCAAGUGCUGGAAUGUCCCUUUUUCCUAUGCAACUUUUUUUAACCCUUUAAUGAACUUAUCUGUUGAGUACAUUGAAAAAUAUUUUUCUUUCUAGAUUUUUGUUGUUUAAAUUAUGGGGCCUAACAUGCAACUUAUUUUUUGUCAAUUUUUAAAACUUUUUUUUAAUUACUGUAAAGAAAAUGAAUUUUUCCUGCAGCAGGAAACAUAGUUUUGAGUAGUUCUACCUCUUAUUUGUAGCUGCCAGGCUUUCUGUAAAAAUUGUAUUGUAUAUAAUGUGAUUUUUACACACACAUACACACACACACACACACACACACACACACAAAUACACAAUCUCUAGGGGAAGCCAGAAGGCUAGAACAGAUUUUAAAAAAACACUGUGUUUCUAAGCAUCCAUUUUAGCCCAUUCUUUAAAAGAAACUUAACUGUUCUAUGAAGGCACUUGAGAGAGAAGAGAGAAAUUCUUACAUAAGAGAGCAAGUGCUGUUCUGGUAAUGGCAGCAUCUGGAUGCAGAUGGUGAUUAUAUUACCCCAUCACUGCCCUAUGCAGUGUUGUUAGGCAUUUUCUAAUUUUGAAAUAUCUCUGUGUUUGUGUAUGCGCUCUGUGUGUGGCUGGUGCACAUAUGUGUAAAGUUGGAAAAAGAGAAACAGUAAGCAGGGUGAAGUUAUUAAGCCCUGUGUGUCAGUUUUCAUAAAAUCCAAACCACAUUUGAAAAUCGCAUGAGGGGUCCAAGAAACAUAUCACUAGGGAAAUGAAGGCAAAUAGGACUUAUUUCCUGGCUGGCAGUCACAAUCACUGAUACAGUAGCUCAUACUCACAAAAGAAAAUUCAUAGGAAUAUUGACAGCUCACUUACACAUCGAUACGGUGUUACAGGAGAACGGAGAAGUAGAAGUGGAUACGUUUUCAAAGACUUUCACACAAUUCUUUGUAAUUGGGACAUUUAAAAUAUAUAUGUGUACAUAUAUAUGUGUAUUUUUUUCAGAGUACCAUAUUGAAAAUUAGAUCUUAUUAACCAAAUUGUGCCUGAUAUUUAAAUAUAGUGUUCUUAAAGAGCUACAUUAUAUGUCGAAUAGGACAUUUGAAAUGUUGAACCAGAGUUUUGGAUUCAUGUAAACCACAACUGUGAUGUAUUCUCAGUGUAACAGAUUGUUGGAAGACUACUAGAAACAGGUGAAACCACUCAUUUUGGAGUACGUACUGACUCCACUCAUUCUUACAUUAAUUAAAUUGUAAUUUUACCCUCUUAAGUUAAUUAUAAAAAUUUUAUUGAGUUAACUAUUACUUUUGUAAUAUCGCAAAACUUUUAAUUUUAUUAAGAUUAGGCCAAAAUGACCUGAAUUUUUAAAUUAAAAUGAGAGUGGCAAACUACGCAUUCUAAAACCUCACUUGCCAAAUUUUGGCAUCAUGUUUGCAUAUAGAUCUAUCUUUAAAAUGAUCAUUCUAUAUGAUCUAGUUUUAUUUUACCCAAAAAAACCUAUAUGAGAAUGUGUACCCUUUCUCUUUACUGACUGAAGUGUCAACAGAAUGUUUAAUAAUCAUAAAUUUAGUCUAAUCAAGAUGUUGCUAAGUCAAAGGCACUUUUAUUUUUUAUAAAAGCUCUCUCUCUCUAUAUAUAUAUAUAUAUAUUUUUUUUUUUUUUUUUUCUAAUCACAAAUCAAGUAUUUGGCGAUUUAUACCCCUUUCCAUACCAGUCCAAGAACUGCUGAAGCAGCUUCAACCGUCAUUUCAGCCUUUGAGUAGAUAGGAAGCUAUCUGCAUUCCCACUGUGACCCAGGUCGUGUCACGCUGGGAUAAUGUCUGUAUCUGUGUUGUAAAGAAAAGAGUAUCUUAUGUUUGCUACAGCAAACACUUUCAACAUUGUGGAACCCAGGAAAUAAUUUUUUUUUUUAAAACAUUGUUACUUUUAGAGGAACAAAGGUAGUUAACACACUGACAAGCAAAACCAGUGUACAUGUAGAGCCAACAGAUGACCUAUAUUUGAACCAAAUUUACAGGCUGGAUGAGAACUAAUCAUAUUUGGGGGGAGUGGUUUUGUUUCUAUGUAAACUGAACACAAGUACAACAGAAAUUUUUUCCAACAUACUUCUCUAUUUUUGCUCUGAUGUGCAACUUGGAGUUACAUGAUUCAAGUUUCUUGAGGUAAAGCCGAAGUGCACUCAGAGCUGUUGACCAGGAUUCCUGCAGUUGCAGGAACUUGCUGGUGGAAGAGUCUGCCUAUGCAAAAAGCAUUAAUCCUCUGGUUUUGCAUUUGAGAGAAAAUCUGUGGAAGAUACUGUUUUCCUUGAGAAAGUCACUUUUCUCUGCUGUGUGUAACUACUUGAAAUUCUAACUAUUUCAUAUGCCACAGGCAGUAUUGUUCCUGCCUCUUCUUCCAGUCAAGGUUGAGGAGAGGUUGGGGAGGAGCCUUACUGACUUGAGAAGCGGGAGAGAAAACCUCCCUCCUCAGCCCCACACCUCAAGCAAUGGAGGGAAUUAUCUGCUGUCAGUAAUCCAGUUUUUGUGAAUUUCAUGCACAUGCAACAACACACACAGAGUGACUCUUUUAUCAGCUGUAUAUUGGUGUUUAAUAUGGAGAAUGAUUGUCUUCCGAGUUUUUUUUUUUUUAAACUGUGUUAAAGUACUUGAAAUGUAUUGACUGCUGACUCUCUGUCAUAAACAAAAUAUUUGAGUUGUAUUACAGAGGUUGACAUUGUUCAGGGAUGGGACAAAGUGUUCUUCAGUCUUUUUCAUACCACUUACAUGAUUUUGGUGUAGGAACCUGGGAUUUUCUUAUUUAUGUUCCAUGGUAGCUCACAUCUGCUCUCGCAGUGUGAGCUGGGGGCCCAGUGGUACGAGAGGCUGAACACAAUCAAGUGAUGACAGCACUUCCCUGAGGGAUCUGGGGAUAUUUGAAUGGUGACUUCAUUGAGCACCUUCACAGCCUGAAAUCUUAAAAAUCAGCUUAUAAUGUAUGCUGAUCAGUCAAGUUGUGUUUUGACCAGAGAUUUGGGUAUAUCUUGUUUCUUGGCUCAUUUAUUUGUGCUCUAUGGGUACAUACAAAAAUUCUGAAUUUAAUUUCCUAGGUAAAUAUUGCAACUCAGGGUUAAAGUCACCCAGUGAACUUUUAGAGCCAGAAGUAACUUUGUCCCAGUCCUACAAUGUGACAAGAAUGAACGGCUGCCUCUGUUAGCCAUUUUCAUGGCUGGUACAUAUCCAUACACAUUACUUUUCAGAAUCAAUACGCACUUUCAGAUAUUCUUAUUUUUAUUCUCUUAAGUCUUUAUUAACUUUGGAGAAAUGAUGCAUCUUUUUAUUUUAAAUGAAGUAGAUCAACAUGGUGGAACAAAAUGAUAAAGAACAGAAAACAUUUCAAUACAUUACUAAUAAUUUUUUCCAAUAUAAAAACUAAAAUUCCUAUAACAUUAUAGUAUUUUACAGUUUUAUGAAGCUUUCUAUUGUGACUUUUAUGGAAUUAAGAGAUGAAGAAGAUGAGAUAUUUUAGCAUUUAUAUUUUUCAAAAUUAAAUGUAUACUUAAAAUAAAGUAACUUUAUGCAUUUA